UCCUCAACCACCACCACCACCAUCGGCAAAUCCGACCACGAAACCCCAGAAUUCGACACCACGGCAAACAACCUCCAAGACCUGCUGGAAUACAACGACCACGCCUCAGGCCGCGGUCUCUACUCUCUCGUCUCUUUGCCCGCUGGUUCGCUCUUCGCUCCCUUGACCGCAAUCUCCCCUUGCCCUGCCCCCCUCUGGCAUACCCUCCAGAUCUCGCGCACCGAGCAUGUAAACCUGGACUCUGCGUUCAAGUACCUGAAUCACUCUUGCAAUCCUUCGCUGGAGAUUGACACUGAGAAGAGGGAGGUUAGGGUUGCCAAGGACAGGGACUUGAACAAGGGCGAUUUGUGCAGUUUCUUUUAUCCGAGUACGGAGUGGAGUAUGGAUAGAGGCUUUGACUGCUUGUGUGGUGAGAAGCAGUGUGUAGGUCAAGUCAAAGGUGCCAAGGACAUGAAGAAGCAAGACUUGGAAAAGUGGUUUAUCAACGGCUACAUCUGGGAGUUGAAGGACGAGCAAGAGAAGCAAGGC